AUGGAAGCCGACCCUAACGCGACCUUCGUGGACUCGGCGGGGGGCUUGCAGCUCCUCGGCGUCGGCGUCGACGGUGAGGAGCUCCGGAGCGCCGCGCCGGUCUUGUUGCUGGGCGCGUGCGCGUCGGGCACCGCGGGCAACCUGCUGGCGCUGUUGGUGCUGGCGCGCGAGUUCCGCGCGGGUCGCGGCUCGGAGGCCAAGGCGGUGCUGGCUUCGGUGGCUUCCGCCGACGCGCUCCUCCUGCUGCUGUGCGCCCCGGUGCGCGCGCUGGCCGCCUACAAGCAAGCUUGGGUGCUCGGCCGUUUCGCCUGCGCCACCGCCGACUGGUUCCAGCACUCCUGCCUGGUGGCCAAGACGCUCCUUCUGGCGAUCGGCACCCGCGCCGAUCACACUCCGCGUCGCGACGGCCCGCAACGAGGCGGCUGGAUCCUGUGGGCCGUGGCGUCGGCUUGGCUGCUGUCCAUGAUGCUCCCCGUCCCGCAGAUGCUGUUCGCCGCCUUGCAGACGCGCGGCGCCGCGCACGCAGCGCAGGUGUGCGUGUGGCAGGCGCCGGCUUGCGCCUCGCACUUUAUGGCGCUCUUCUACAAGAUCUACCCCGCGGCCGCCUACGCGGGCCCGGUGCUCUUCGCUCUGGCCUACUACACGGCGAUCCUGCACCGGGCGCUCAACGGGGCGCCGUGCCCCCGCCGUCGGAGCGAGGUGACGCUGGUGCUGCUGUGUCUGAGCGCCACGCAGGGCCUCCUGCUGCUGCCCGAGUGGGGCGCGUUCACCUGGGUGCGGCUGGGCUACCGCCAGCCCCCCGCGGGUGUCUUCCUGUGCGCCCAGGUGCUGGUUUACGCGUGCGCCGCGCUCUCGCCUGCGCUGCUGCUCGCCAUGUACGACGACUUGCGUCGGGGCCUGUUCGGCCUCUGCGCGACCGCCGCCUGCCACCCCCGCCGCCGCGGAGACCCGAAGGCCACCGAGGGCAACGGAGCGGGGCUGCAGGGAGACGGAGCCGCCGCCGCCGACGGGGAGAAGACCUUCCCGGACGUGGAGCACUUCUGGACGGGGCGUAGAAACACGCAGGUGGAAGAGGAGCAGGAUCCAAUCCCGUGGGAGCGGGACGAGAAAAUGCUAUAA